AUGCAAAUGGAAUCAUGGCGACAACGAGGAUAUGUCCCCGACUCGGACGACGAAGAUGGGUUUGACUCCCUAGAGACGAAAAAGGGAAAUAUCGAAAAUAGCACCGAUUUCGGAAAUCUCGAGUAUAUUGACCCUUCUUCCUCGGCGCCGAAGGAAGGGACGAGAAAUACCACGAAUGGACAACGCGAGCAUCAUAGGGACGAGGAUGGCUCGAUUACGCUCUCGGACAGGGAGGAGCUCGCCCUUCAAGAAAAAAAGCGUACGGGAUCUGCAAUCUUGCAAAAUAAGGAGGGGAAGGCCGUGGGGAGAGGAGGUUCUGUUCGAAGUACACGAUCUCCCCAACACACUGCAGAUGGAGGAGAUGCCCCCUCAACAAUCGGUUCGGAUGAAGAAACGACGCCAAAACAACGAAAGGUACGCAGGACUUAUGGGCAUCGGUCAUCGACUACGAAAUCAACGAAUCGCCGCAGCAGCGAGCUCCGCAAUCUCAAUACUCCCUCAAAGAACACGGACAGCAUAUACGAUUUCCCAACCUCAUCACAGGAGAAUGGCAGGCCUCAAUCGAACCGUUCGAGUAGCCAGACUACACCGAAGCCCUUGAAAACCGGCCAACCAUCCCAUUCACCAAGUAUAGCGAAACAGCAUAUUCCCGAGACGAACAUACAUGAUGAAACCUCAAGCACUGGAAGCUCCUCGCCCGACGAGUUAGUAUUGAUCACUCAGUCAAUUCGGAAUAAAACCGUGGAAAAGCAUGUUCAGGCCAUAAACGCGCCAUCAUUACCAGCACCGCUGCAGGAGGGUUCGGAUGAUGACUCUCCGUUAUCAUCUGUACCAUCAAUACUUGGCUCUCCGCCCGCCAACAAUGUCACUGAAACGCGUGCAAUCGGCGGGGAAGAGGUAGAACUGGAAACACGGGCCGAUGAUGAGAUAGAUCCGCGGAAAGCAGUGCCCGCUGAACUCGAUGCCAACCCAGACGAUGUAUUGCCUCACCUUGAUAUCCCCGAAGAAGUGUUGCGAGAAUUGCCACAUGCUACGCAGCGAACCUUCAGAAAGCGCAAUGCUAUCCAAAUGCAUCCGUACCACCUGGAACAGCUCAAGUUCGCUCAGCAACUGCAAGCGCGGGGCGUCAAGCCUUUUGGUCGUCCCCCGACGCAGAAACAGCAACUUACUGACGAAAGCCAAGGACAAGACUCAUAUGACCCGGAUAUACUUCCUUCCAGUCCUCCCCUGGAAGAAUAUCUUCCACCAACAAGACACGAACGUCGGGGGUCGCCCGAAUCUGCUGAGCAAGAACGGACAAAUAAAGAUUCCGAGGACCGUCGGCACUUGCAAGGCCGUAUAGCAAAGCGUCAGAAAAUCUCUCAUUCUGGAACUCCUACCAAUCGACGAAAUCUGCACAAACCAUCCAAACCUCGCGGCGUGAGAGACAAAAACACAGCUCCCGAGAACCAACAUGGUGUAACAAUUUACGACCUAUCAUCUAGCCCCCCACACGCAGGUCGUUUCUCUUCAACAUCAAGAACCCCUCGUGCCUCAGAAGGAGGAUUUCGAUUUCCUCGUGGAUGGUCGCCACCAAAAGAAGCUGCGACUUCCCGAGCACAGGAGCCAGAACCCACCGGCGAGGUUGAUUCGCCUAAUGGCGGAGAAGAAGACGAUGAUGAUCGGGAGGUACAGUCAAUUUCGUCCAACAGCCAGCAAAGUGAUUCUGAACAAAAUGAGUCGGAUGCCGAAGAACGUGAAAUACGACGAUUUCAACGAAUGAUUCGAGGAGCACUGCCGGCUUCACAUGCGCGGCUUCAUCAAAAGCAAAAUGCAGACAAAGAAAAAGCUUCACAAUUGGAACGUCAAGCUGCUUUGCAACGACCAGAUGGAAAAGGUGUUGCGCGGAAGCUCAUCCGAAGGGGUGAUCGCUCAACGCAACCAGCAACGCAACGAUCACGAGGUCUAUUUGAUCUCGGAGAUUCUGACGAGGACGAUGAAGACAACCAUAACGACGUUCGUCAAAGCGGCUCUAUCACCAAUGAGUCUAGCCAGAGAUUGCCGGGCACUCAUAACCCUGAGGACCCCUUCGCGUUCGAAGGGGGUGAUAUCUCUGAGGACAAUCGUAUCGACUACAUGCUUGCACCUGUUCCACGCAACUCAGCAGGACCUCGGCGCAGCACAAGCACAUUGAAACGACCGAAAUCGAAACAAAGUCUGUUCAACGUGGAAAGACAGCCGAAGAGACCCCGGCAAACCCGAAUGACGGAUGCUUCGUACGGAGCAAGACGAACCAAAAAGUCCUCAACUGUCCAGCGACCAAGGAUAGGUAUUCUAGAUGCACCAGAUGUUGCCACGAAAUCCCGCACUGAGCAACCGCGAUUCCUCAGGAUAGCCACAAGACAACCGCGAACACGCAAAGACCGAGGCAGACAGAGUCCCACUCAGAAGUUCGUGAAACUGGCCUCAAGAGAAGACACAGUGGAUGCAAAUGAGUCCUUGCGAGACUGGAAGAGAGGAGCUAUCCGGCAGGCCAAGAUUAGUCCUCCUCAGCCUAAAGCUCGGCGGAACCAGCAUUGGACAACAAAGCUGUCGAUUCUCAGUUCUCGGGCUCGUUCGAAGUCCAAAAAUGGCCGGAUUCCGCACCAAUUCCUUGAAGCGGAGACUGACAACACAACCCUCAAUACAAAUACUGUUCGGUCGGAACAGGCGCCGCCUGAAUCUGAUACAGUGCCAGCCAUGCCAAACCAAGAAUUUGGGACCGAGUCUUCCUCCCAGCGAAAACCAGAGCAUCACGGUCAUACAUGGGUUGUUCCUAGGAAUGUUGAUCCUAAGUCUUUGUCAAGAAACACCAUUCGGCCCGCUGCAACGAGUUUAGCGGGCACCGGUAGAAACCAAAAGAUGGGCCCGGUGAUGUUUCACCAGUCAUUGUCUGUUAUCAAUCGACAUUAUCGGAACCAGCGCACCUCCCAAUCUUACAAACCCAGCUUGACUUUGGAUCGAUAUGUCUAUGAGAAUGGAUUGUCGAGCCCUGGGGGAAACCCUUUGCCCAAAAGUCCUGCUGUAGCUCCAGCCAAACGAAGUGAUCAGAACUCAACACCAAAAGCUGUUAUACCUCGACGGCGGCCGAAAAAGCAUACCCCCAACCGACUCAACCUUGAUGCCGACGAGUUUUGUCAGGAUUCAGGUCCUGCUACAAUACUUUCUGACGACUCCGAACCUCCGGUAAUAACGAAUGCCGGGUCUGCCCCUACCUCUUCUUUUAGUGUGGGCGGGCUUUUCAACUGGCAACGUUUCUAUCCAGUGGACUUCGGAAUACCAUCUUUACGUGACAACACAUUCUUCCAUCAAGCCACAUUUAUUGGAAGUGGAGAAUUUUCUCGCUCCUUAGAUAUCACAAAGCGGGACUUGGAUAGAGAUGCUGGUCUAUUCUCAAUCCAAGUCAGAGACGAGAAAUUCCAAUGGGGCUGUUGGAACGAUACAGUAUCAUCUGAGAUGGGCCGGGUCUUCGAUGUAAUAGUCGAUAAUGUGGAACGGAAUGCUGCUAGCUCUCCAGAGACAGGCAUCACGGCUGCUUUAGGCGUGGCAUCGCAAAUAUACAGGUCAUUUAUCAAGUACAUCACGGAAAAUCUGGUGUUCAUUGACCCUGUUGAUCGCAGUGGCUUCCUCACUAGAGCAGUUGGGCUGGUCUCCCAGGUAAGAGACCCUUUGACUGCUUUCCUAACUGGCGAUGGAUACAACAAGAACGGUCUCGUCAGAAUUGCUUGCUUCAACAUGGUGUUCUCACACCAGAUCUAUCAAGUGGCUUCUCAUCAACUCGUCAGCCCAGCUCUGGCAAACGAAGCAUUAGAUCUUGUAAAAACAUCUGCCAAAGAUGUUGCGGCAUUGAUUACCUCAAAGGUUGGGUCUUCCGAGUUCAAAAAGCUGUUCAAAGAAAACAACGAGCCUGAACGUCGCGAGUCAGGAAUUCGCGAUGAUUUUCCAUCUGUGGAGGCCUAUGUCAUUACCAAGCAUCUCCUCCGCAGCUCAGAUCAUUACAAGGGCUGUUUUGAAGAUCUUCAGGUUGAGAUAUUCAACAGUGACAUUAUUCGCAAUGAAAAGGAUGUGGGCAGCCUAGAGGAUGGAUGGCGUGGCAUGUUCACAGUCUUGCCUUUCAACCAGAUAGAUCCGCUUGGACUUGCUCGACCUGGUUACCAUUUGACGGCCGCCAAUGACAACUGGGCACUAGCAAAACGGCUACUUGCUCCAGCACUUGAUUACUUCGACUCCAACUCUGCAGCACAGCCAAUCUCAUACAAUAACUACUGUCGAACUUUGUUCCUUCGAUGUCAUCGACUUAUCAAUUUCUGGGGAUGGCGAGAAUGCAAGCCCGUCCUGGACACGCUAUUCGACUUCUUCGCCAAGAAUACCCUGCAUAAUCUGAAACUUGAAGAAGCUCGCGGCUCACCUUCAUUCCUCGAUGAACUUGAUAACAACCCUUCUCUGGAUGCCCGAAUUGGAGAACCGUGCUUCCAUACAUUCCUCAAAAUUGUGGCAAGCGGUCUGCGCUUCUUAGUGAAGAGGUACGACAAGAAGAAGAUUCGAAACUUCGCCUGGCGUCUAUUGCCCAAUCAUGGCCGUGUGUACCCGAAAGAACAGCCGCUGCAGCAUGAAGACCUCGAUGCAUUGAGAAACCAUCACGAUCUUCUGAGUACUCUGUACUGGGCUGUUCCUGAUGGGUGCCGCCCCCGUCUCGAGACAAUACGCAAUCUAGUCCAUCCCGCCACUUCACACCGUGAAGCAUGCACCAUCAAUUUGCGAUCAUGGUCAAGGCUUGUUCGAUUCAAGCUCUCUACCGAUGAAGAGGUGUCGGGGCUGGACCCGUUUGGAGACUGGUACGGCUAUUUCUUGACAGAACUGUAUCAACAACACUCGGUUGCGCGCAAAGAGAUCGAGUCUCAGAAUACCGGCGACAACCGUGUUUCUCAACAACUUGUUGAACGCACAAUAUCCCAGAACCAGCGACAGAUCGAAACCCUGUUGAGUACCGCCCUUAAUGGGCUGCGGAUUGCCAUACAAUUGGCUCCGAGUUUGGAACAUGCACACCGGCUUGUUUUGAAAACUCCAUUUGAGUCUAUCUUAACCCUUUUCAAUCCCAAGCUUCCGCGCGUGAACGUCGUCGUAUCCGAGGCACUGCACGUCCUGGUAGCGUAUACCCAAAAGGACAUUCCAGUUAUCUCUGCAGUAGAUGCUCCUGCAGCGGUGACCACUGAUGAGGAUAGUCAGGAGUUCGGCGACUGGGAUGCAAUUCAGGCGGUUUGGGACCAACAGUCUUCCCCUAGCGAAGGUGUCGAACAUGUAGAGAAGACUUUCCAUCCGAUCGUGUCUCGUCUUGUUUCCAAUUGCUUCGGCGAAGAUCACUGUCCAGAGGAUGCCAUCCUCUUGAGUGUUGUUGAAUGCUGGACUGCAGUCGCCCGGGUUCUGAUACGUCAUGGGCUCCGAACAUGGGAUAAUUAUCUGAGCGAGUUUGGCAAUGAUUCCUGGACGCGGCUUCGACAGACAGUUCAAACAAGGAAGUUUGCACCAUUGUUCCUUGCAGCAUGCAUCGAAAAGGACGCGCAAAUCGUCUCUGACUGCCGAAUCCAGGUCAUGAGCAUGUGGAUGUCAUCGCUGGUUGAGCGUUCCUCGAUGUUGAAAUUCCAACAUCGUCUCACGGAGGCGCUUCUUAAUGGAAGUUCCACGGAUCCCUUGCUUGGCAAUCUUCCAUUUUCUAAAGAUCCGAAGAUCGACCGGUAUACAGUCACAUUGGAGGAAAUCAGUUCCCGGCGACUAGCUCUCCUCUCGAGCUUAUCGUCCAAUAUGCGUGAGCAGCUCCAGGCCAUGGAACUCACCGGCAACCGGAACUUCUCUGUGACGAAACAAGAGUAUUCUGAAAUGCUUCAGCGGGUGAUGACAUCCAUGAAAGACAACUACCAAGAGCUAGGAAACGGGACAGCGCAAGCUGCUCAAGGAGCAUACGUCGAGUUCGUGCAGCGCGUUAUCGGUUUCCUUCAGCAGCACACGAGCGAUAUCAAAUCCAUCGACCCCUUCUUCACAGACCCUGCUUCUUUCCCUCUACCGUCUACUGACCCACGCUACAUUGUGGCGAAACUUAAACGCUACGAGUCGAAGUUGUCUUCCAGCAAAGAGAUUCAGACCUUGACUGGAUUCGUCCAGAGCAUUUCCGAGCGGGCCCUUAUCGAUGGUCAACAGAGCUACCUGGUUGAACAAUUGCAUACAUCGAUGAAGAACACUUACGAAGCCGGAAUCCUUGACAAACCCACCCUCCGCACCGUUCUCCUACAAUGUGUGUUCCCGACCUAUCUUGAAGCGACACUUCCCAACCGCGCCGCCUGGCUCAUCAGCCGACCCUUCAUCGAGACCAUCACGCUUGAGUUCAAAAAUUUGCUAUGCAACAUCAACACUUUCGAUCCCGCCUGUGUGUCAUCCGUCAUCGAAAUGAUCGACGUAGUAUGCCGGGCCACCUGCCAAGCACUGGCUGUGAUCGCCUCCCGCCGCCAUCGUCUGCAAAGUCCUCCAACCUUGUCCAUGAUUGGGGCCUUUCUGGACAUGAUCUCCGCUGUCCUGCCCGUGGUAGAUUACAUCGAUCGUACCACUAACACAGCAGAGGAUAUUCUAACGCACCUCAACUGGAUCUACGACUUCGCCAAAGCCGUCAGCACAUGUCUCCACAGCACAGACCUAGAUGCAGACUCGCCAUCGAGCAAUGACCGUGUGCAAUUCCCUAACGCGCCACCAUCCUCUGGUAGCAGGAAAACGGAGCUCUUUGCCACGGCCCACCAGCUUGCCUCGAGUGAUCUUCAGAUCUAUCUCAGGAAGUGGUCUUAUCAUCAGGGCAAGUACUACUUCACUCGCCCGGGUCAUCAGUCACAGGAGAUCACGAUCGAGCCUCAUAUUGCUGCUCUAGUGGCUAGCCAAAAUGAAGCGCAGAAGGCGUUUGAGAAUGCGGCGGGAAAUUUCGUUCAUCGAGCAAGGGCGUUGGAGUUGUUGUAUUGA